CCGCUGCACUAACAAGCUGCUUUGACAGUUAUGACAGCGUGAAAGGCCCGUUCUCAAAUGUCACACAGCGCAGAGCCUUUUCUAGACUUCCGUUUCUCCAAAGCAAAACAGAGAAAUUAUUAGCUACAAAGAUGCCACCACGUAAGAACAAAACCGUCAAGGAAGAGGUGCAAGUUUCGCUAGGCCCGCAGGUCCGCGAAGGUGAGGUGGUGUUCGGAGUCGCUCACAUCUACGCCAGCUUCAACGACACUUUCGUGCACGUAACUGAUUUGUCCGGCAAGGAAACCAUCUCCCGGGUGACGGGUGGUAUGAAGGUGAAGGCCGAUCGUGACGAAGCGUCCCCGUACGCUGCUAUGUUGGCCGCUCAGGAUGUGGCUGAAAAAUGCAAAUCUCUGGGUAUUACGGCGCUGCACAUUAAGCUCCGUGCGACCGGUGGUAACCGAACUAAGACCCCGGGACCUGGUGCCCAGUCGGCGCUCCGUGCGUUGGCUCGUUCGUCGAUGAAGAUUGGUCGCAUCGAGGAUGUCACGCCGAUCCCGUCGGAUUCCACCCGCCGGAAGGGAGGUCGCCGUGGUCGUCGUCUGUAAGGCGCUGCUGUUUUUUUCGUUCCGUUUACCUUGCGAGAAUUCCAUUGGAAAUGUGUUUUCAUUUUGCUGCGGCGUAUGAAACUCAUGGGAGAAUAAAUAUUACACAGUGAAAAGAUCGAA